GCUUAUCUUUACUCUUUCUAAAACUCGAAGGUUCAGAACAAAUUUAUUUCAUGUUUUUAUUUCCGUUCUUCGUUUUAAAUAAUUUGAGUUGAAUUAUUUAGGAUGCCUGUGCUCUAUAAAUUUUUAAACACCACAGAAGCACGUAUUAUUUAACGCAAGGAAAGCAAUACAUUUUUGCUAAAGAUGUCGUCUAUUCCGUCAGCAUCUUCGGAAUCUUUUGACGAUUUCUACACUGAGGUAAAGGAGAUUGAAAAACGUGAUUCAGUUUUGACACCCAAACAACAGAUAGAAAGACUACUCCGUCCUGGAUCAACUUAUUUCAAUUUAAAUCCGUUCGAAGUAUUGCAAGUGGAACCUGAUUCUACUCUCGAUGAAAUUAAGAAAAAGUAUAGGAGGCUCUCUAUUCUGGUGCAUCCAGACAAGAAUAUGGAUGAUUCAGAACGGGCUCAACAAGCUUUCGAAAUAGUCAAUCGAUCUUGGAAAACCCUGGAGAAUGAGGACACAAGGAAGAAAUGCCUGGACAUCUAUCAAGAGGCUAAAGAAAGAACAGAUCAUAUGAUAGAACAAAAGAGGAAAAAGAAUAAAAAGGAAGGCCGUUUAGCUGAGGGAAUACCAGAAGAUGAUCCUGUGAAAUAUAAACAUGCAGUUUAUGUGAUGACAAUGAAGUUAUUUGCUGAUAUGGAAAGAAAGAGACAACAUCUUGAAACACGUGAUAUGGAAGAAAGGAAGAGAAAACGUGAAGCAGAGAUCGAGCAAGAGGAGCAAAUGUCCUUUGAGAAGGAAUGGGCUAAGAAUUUUGAGGAAUCUCGCCAAAACCGCGUGGAUAGUUGGAAAACUUUCCAAUCUGGUGGCAAAGAGAAAAAGAAGAAGAAAAUAAUGGGUUUCAAGCCACCAAAACCCAAGCCAGAGAGCAGAUAACUCUUAUUAUUUUUACAUAGUAUAGAAUCCUAGGCUAGUGAUAUAUUUCAUAUCUAUGAUAACUGUUUUCCUUAAGUUAAUUGCUUAUUAGUGUGGGCAA